AUGAAUUAUAUUUUGAUAGUACCAGAGGAAAAUAAAGAAGUUAUAAAACGGAAAAUGAACAAUAAAAAUAAAUAUAAUUGGAAAAAUAUAAAAAUAUUAAAUCAAAGUUUUAUUAAAUGGUUUUAUUUCUUUAUAAUUAUUAAUUCUCUUCCUAUUUUAUCAGUAAAUUGUAUAGGAUGUUUUGUAUGUUCAUCAUUUAAUAAAUCAAAUCCAUUAUGCGAAGAUAGUUUUAAUUCAACAUUAGUUCUUUCAAAGUCACUUUAUCAAUCACAACAUCAUUCUAAUAUAACUAAAAAUACGAGGCACCAUUCAAAACUUAUUGGACCUGUUGUAGAAGAUGUCAAUUUAGGAAAUAAUGAGUAUGAUGGAAAAAUAGCAAAUUAUCACCAACAUUGUUGGGCAUUUAAAAAAAAUAGACAAGGUUUAUUUCCUGCUGAUCAUUGUAUUAAAAUAUCUGGUGUACAAAGUGAUAAUCCAUCUAUUUCAAUGAUUAUAAGAACAUGUGCUUUAGAUUCAGGAACAUUAACAAGUGACACUGAAAUUGUACGAAUUAGUCAUUGCGGCCACUUUAAAUAUUCAGGGAAACAAUAUUCAGGCUGUGUAUCAUCAUGCGAAACGGAUGGUUGUAAUAUGGGAUCAUCUAUAAAAAAGUCAUCUUUGUUAAUAUUACAAUUAUCUAUACUUCUUCCUAUAAUUUUCUAUAGUUUUAUUUAG